AUCGAUUUGUUUAUACAUUCAGGGCGAAUACCGAGUGAAUCUACUUGACUCUUCUCAAAAAUGCGUAGCUGCGCCAUCUCUGAAUGAAAAAUAUAAGCUGGAAUAGGUGCUAGGACAGCAUGUGAGCCCUACACCACCGCAUACACGAUUGAAGGUUUACUUAUCCUGUAAGAGAUGGCGCUGGCACCUAGAAUCAUAAGUGCAGACACCUAUUUAAAUCCACCUUCUGAUUUCAUCAUGCCCAGCCGUGCCAUCUCUGACUAGGUAUCUUAACUGUUAUUCAAUAAGUUACAGUUUUCUUCAAUGGGUUAUGAAAAAUAGUAGUAUGUGUUGCUUACGAGAUGUGUUGCAUGAGCUACAGUGUCGCCAGCAGGUAUCAGCACAUACGCUCUUGUUGCCCAACGUCAAAAUCGAUCUGUCAGUGUCAGUGGUUUUAGUGGUCGGAAGCUGAGAACAUUCAAAAAUACAUUCAAAUUCAAAUGUAAAUAAAUCAUCAAUUAUUGUGAAUAGAUGAUAUGAACUAGGAAUAAAUGAUGACUCGCGACGACAAGCUGUUUUUUCAUAAGACAGUGCAGCAUUUAGCUAGAUCACUGGCAAACAUCAAGAAUACACCUUGGGAAAAGGUACAAACUCUGUUUACACUUUGCCCGUUGGAAGUCCAAAAUGGAACCUUGGCAAUAAAUGCAAGGCAACAGGACGCAGUCAUUGCUUUGGGGAUCUAUUUCUUGGAAUCUGGACUGCAGCAUGAAGAAAAGAUCCUACCGUAUUUAUUGCGAUUGGCAAAACAACUUGAAAAAGCACAGUGGCAGGAUGAGUGGAGGCUUAAUGUUACAGACCGUAUACCUACAGCUGAAAAGUUCAGCUUCUGCCUCCACACUAUCCUAUCUGAUGUGGCAGUUCGAAGCCAAAAAUCGCGCAAGGAAAUAAUAGACACCCAAGUAGAAAGCAUUGUUUCCCUGACAAAUCAAGUGAUUAAAUUCCAAGAUACAAGUAGCAUAAACAGUGUGACAAAGCUAUUCCUUUGCAAAACCACCUUGCCUGUACUGAUUGGUCUAGCUAGAGCCAUGGGGCGAUAUUGUGGCAGUGAGCCUCCUUUGAUAUGCAGGAUAUUUCCUAAGCCACAACCGCCACUGAGCCAAGCUGCUACUGAGGAUAAAAAUGCAUAUAAGAGAAGCUUUAGUAGCUUCAGAAAUAUCAUUCCUAGGAGUUUGUCUGAAAAUUUACAUUCUUUGCAUGAUGAGAAUAUCAAUAAUGGAUAUGACACGACCGAUUUGGCAUAUAACAGGGCUCAAAAACGAGCCUGUUAUAAAAACCCGCAAAAUUUUGACCCAAAAACAUAUUUCUUCACGAAGUUUGGUUCAAGUUUCAAUCAGUUUGCAGAUUUGAGAGUGUGUGACUCCAGUGACCCCAAAAUUCAGGUAAAAUUAAAUACAAUGUUGCCUUAAAAUGACUCGAAUGGAUAAAAAUAUGUGAAUAUGAUUUCAGGGUAUGUUUCCACAAAAACAUCUGCACACAAUAUUGACAAUUAGUAAGAAGCUAUUGACAAAAGACAUGUUACAUUCAUUAGAUGAACACGGCCUUGAGGUGUUCUCUAGCGGAAAAAUAACUGUGUUUCCAUACAAAACUUUCUCAGAAGUAAUAAAUUUAGUGAUGGUUACAAUGAUGAGAGAAUUGCUAAGGCCUCAAAGAGAUCUUCCAGUACCUUUUACGAAAGAUGUGCAAGAAUUUGUUAAAGGUUUGUAUUUAAAUGGUCAAACUGAACUUCAAAGCCGAAACCAUGACGCUAGCGAGAAAGAAGACAGGGAAAGCAACUAUGCUUUGGUCAACAAAUUCAAAGUUAAUGUUAUGGCAAAUGCCGCUUGUGUUGAACUUUUGGUAUGGGCUAUUGGUGAUGAAACUGUUGAUUCACAGUAUAACUUUUCGACAUUGGUUCAUUUUUUGAUAAUCAUAAUAGGUGCCGAUAGUUUGUGUGGACGUCUAACAGAAAAAAUUAACUCAAAUCAUGGGUAUCGUUUGAUAAUGGCUCAUAUGCCUUUACUUAUGGUGUGUCUCGAAGGAUUAGGAAAGUUAGCUCAGAAAUUUCCAAACAUAGCAUCCACUUCCAUUUACUGUUUGAGAGAUUUUUUGAUAACCCCGUCCCCUAUUUUGUCAAAACUUAACAAGCAGGCGAAUGAUAAGGAAAAUAAGGAGAACAGUAUGAGAAUUACCGCUGUAGGUAAUGAUUUGAAAGUGGAAUGUGCCAAAAAUAUAUCUCCAGUCCAAGCAGCUUUCGAAAAGCUGCGAGAUGCUGCCAUCGAAAACCUGUGUUAUGCGUUAAGCGCGGCUCACACUAUUGACCCUGAUUGUGUCAGAGCAUUGGUGGCAUCUGUGUCGAAUCGGUUGUUCACAGCUGAGAAAAGUGACAGCGAAUCAACCGUGAUAUCAACCAACAUAGUGAUAAUGCUGGGCCACGUCGCUGUCUCGAUGAAAGGCACCCCCAAGACUGCAGACACUAUCCUUCAUUUCUUCCAACAGCGUUUCUGCAGAGUGCCAUCUGCCCUCGAUGCUCUUAUAGUAGAUCAGUUGGGAUGUAUGGUGAUUUCUAGAUGCGAUCCGAACAUACACGAGGUUGUAAUGAAGAUGUUCACCAUGAUCACUGUGGAGAGCGCCAGUGCUGCUUAUGGUAGCUCGGGACAGGACAGGACACAAUAUAGACAUGUUUCCAGAGCAGUGAUAAACGCUUUAGCUAACAUUGCUGAUAAUAUUCAGGGUGAAGCCCAAAUGAACGAACUACUUGGGAGAUUGUUAGAACUGUUUGUACAGUUAGGAUUGGAGGGGAAAAGAGCUAGUGACAAAUCACCAGGUGUGAAGGCGUCUAGUUCAGCAGGAAAUUUAGGCGUUCUAAUACCAGUGAUAGCUGUACUUUUGAGGAGGCUGCCGCCUAUCAAGAACCCAAAACCAAGAAUUCAUAAGCUGUUCAGGGAUUUUUGGUUGUACUGCGUUAUUAUGGGAUUCACAGCUGCUGAUUCGGGGUUGUGGCCUCAAGAAUGGUACGAAGGCGUUAAAGAAAUAGCGGUAAAGUCUCCAGCUCUAAUUUCACCGACAUCUAGUCGGUCAGAGAUGCGCGAACUUCAAUACACGAGUGCCGUUCGUAACGAGAGCGUUUCUGUGAACGAACUGCAAGAAUUGAGGACGCAAAUUUUGGACCUGCUGAAGCAUCCUGCGGACGUAACUGCUUAUGUGAAUAAGCUAUCGUUCGCGCAGUGCACGUUUCUGUUGAGCGUAUACUGGGUCGAAACUUUGAGAGUGCAGCAUUCUGGAGAGCCAAGCCUCGUUCCAAUAAUAUCUGACUACCUCUGUGAUUCCGCGCUGCAAAAAGAUAAAGCGGGGAUGUGGAACUGUGUAUCUUCUGUAAGUGAACGAGUAUUCGAGAAAUUUUUGGAAGUGAUGAAAGACAGGCCAAAGGACGAAGUACGUGAAGCUGAUUUGGAACAACAUGCGCAGUUUUUGCUAGUGAAUUUCAAUCAUCAACAUAAGCAGAUUCGUAGGUUGUCUGAUAAGUUCUUAGCGAGUCUGGUAGAUCGCUUUCCUCACCUUCUUUGGAGCAGAAGGGUACUGUGGACGAUGUUGGAUAUCCUCCAAGUUCUCUCUCAUUCCUUGCAAAUUGAUCCAAACAAAGAAACUCCCACGUUAAGGAUACCUCAGACGCCAUAUACAAUUCAACUUAUGGACACCAUGGAAGCUAGAGAGGCGAUCGUGAAAGACUUCGCGGAAAACUCUGAACGGAUCAUCAAAGAGGCGAUGAAAUGGGCCCCGCAAUGGACCCGUUCACAUUUGUUGGAAUACGUGAACGAAGUCCCCACUUCCGACUGGUACCACUCCGGCUUAUCCAUGGCUAUCGAAUCGUUGGUGCAAUGGGGGCCGCAAAAUUCGUUCAGCUCGCCGCUGAGUACCACGAUGCUCGAAAAGAGAGCGAAGUGCGUGAAAAGUGACACUUGUAGGCUCUUGUUAACGUCAACUAUGCGAAAUAAAUAUAUCGGUGAGGUAAUCGGUAUGCAAAGCGUUUACGAAGACAAAUCAAAACUGUCUGACUUCUUGAUACAGAAAGUUUGGCACGCGUGUAAAGAGCACUCCGAUGCAUUGCACAAAGACACCCUCUGGCAGGCGACCGCGCUGCUGAUCUCCAUGAAAGAGCAGAACCGUAAACUUUUGCACUGCAUAGCUUGGUCACAGGUGGAGCUCUUCACAAUAGACGCCAUGCGAACUGCCGUGGAAUGUUGGCAGUGGCUGAUCACGUCAAGGCCAGAAUUGGAGGUGAGAUUCCUUCAAGAGAUGGUAGCUGCAUGGAAGUGUACCGUGCACAAGAGGUUGGGGCUAUUUUCGGUAACUGUGUCGCAGUGUAACCCUUUGGCUGCAUAUGAAGGUUGCAGUUUAUCUCCGGACCCGCCAUUUGUCCAACCGCACGCCAUCUGGGUACAGUUCAUCAGCGAACUAGUGGAAACGAUCAAGUACAGCAGUUACGAGAAGGUGGAGAUGCUUGCAAGUCUGAUCCAUCAUUCGUUAGCUAUGUCAGUUGGAGCUGAACCCCCGCCUAUGACGAGACACGUGGCAGCGAUAGGAGUCAGAUUUAAAUUAUUGACGUGUGGUUUAUCACUCCUGCAAGGUGAUAUUCUUCCCAAAUGUCUCGCAAAAAAUGUGCUUCGUGAAAGGAUAUACUGCUGUUGUUUGGAUUAUUUUUGCAAACCUGUGGCGUGUCCUACCCAAAAUAUGAAUGAUUUGAGAGAAGAUAUUACUAUUUUAGUGAGCUUUUGGCAGACGUUGCAUUCUGAUAAGAAAUAUUUGAAGGCUAGUGAUGUUAGUGACUUGGAUGUUGGUUCUACCAGUCCGAUUUCAUCACUUAAUAACAAUAAUGAAUUGGCACGACCGAACGAUUUUAACAAACCUACUACAGGCUGGAUAAACACAGUACCACUUUCGAAUAGUUCUGCUACUUUGAGCAGAAGAUCAGCUAAGUCAAAACGGGUACCACUGGCAGAUAAUUUCGUCAAGUGUUACUUGAAGAAGAGAAAUCUGAUUUUGGAGCUUUUGGCUGUCGAAAUAGACUUCUUGAUAGUUUGGCACAACCCAACGAAUAGGCCGGAGUUAGUAGUCCCCCAUGAAGAUAACAUAGCAUCUUGGAGGGCAAAAACGAUCACAGAAAAACAGUGGCAUGACAACACAAGGUUAGCCUGGGAUAUCUCGCCUGCUCUAGCAGUCUAUUUACCGACUAGAUUUAGGACAAAUGACGCAAUUAUACACGAAAUAAAAUCGCAUACUCAAAUGAGUCCGACGUCUGUUUUCCAUAUACCGGAAGCUCUGCAAUAUUUGGUGACAACUGAGGCCAUUUUACUCGAUAGUCCAAAGCUUGUCAACAUGCUCACUUGGGCAGCUGUUACUCCUAUCCAAGCUCUAGCGUAUUUCAGUAGACAAUUUCCUUCGCAUCCUAUAUCCGCUCAAUAUGCUGUCAGAGUACUGAGUUCGUAUCCAGCAGAUGCCGUGCUUUUUUACAUUCCACAGUUGGUUCAAGCUUUGAGACAUGAUAAGAUGGGCUAUGUGACUGAAUUCAUCAAAUACAUAGCUAAAAAGUCGCAGAUAGUGGCACACCAGCUGAUAUGGAACAUGAAAACCAACAUGUAUAUCGACGAAGAUAUGCAGCAGAAAGAUCCUGUUUUGUAUGAAGUUCUCGAAUCUUUGGUGAAUAGUAUAGUGACUGAUCUUUCUGGCCCGGCAAAAUCGUUCUACGAAAGGGAAUUCGACUUCUUCGAUAAAAUAACCAGCAUUUCUGGCGAAAUACGUGUUUUCCCGAAGGGACCUGAGAGAAGAAAAGCCUGUCUAGAAGCUCUAAGCAGAAUUAAGGUCCAACCAGGUUGCUACCUUCCCAGCAACCCUGAAGCAAUGGUUCUGGACAUCGACUACAAAAGCGGCAUUCCUAUGCAAAGUGCUGCCAAAGCUCCUUAUCUAGCUCGUUUCAGGGUAGCCAAAAUAGGCAUAAAGGAGCUAGAGAACAUAGCAAUGGCCAUAUCAGAGAACGACUUCAAUUUGGAAACUCAAAGUUUGGGACCUGAAAUGUGGCAAGCUGCCAUCUUUAAAGUUGGUGAUGACGUCAGGCAGGAUAUGUUGGCCCUGCAAGUUAUCAGUAUAUUCAAGAAUAUAUUUCAGACUGUUGGGUUGGAUCUAUACCUUUUCCCGUAUAGGGUAGUUGCAACAGCUCCUGGGUGUGGUGUUAUAGAAUGCGUGCCUAACGCAAAAUCAAGAGAUCAAUUGGGGCGUCAAACUGACAUAGGCAUGUACGAGUACUUCCUCAAGAAGUAUGGCGAUGAAAGUACCAAGGAAUUCCAAAAUGCCAGAAGAAAUUUCAUAAUUUCUAUGGCGGCGUAUAGUGUUGUUGGGUUCUUGCUACAAAUCAAAGACAGACAUAACGGCAACAUUAUGUUGGAUACUGACGGGCAUAUUAUACAUAUCGAUUUUGGAUUCAUGUUUGAAUCUUCACCUGGAGGAAAUUUGGGCUUUGAACCAGACAUCAAGCUUACUGACGAGAUGGUUAUGAUUAUGGGUGGGAAGAUGGAAGCACCUGCAUUCAAAUGGUUCUCAGAUCUGUGUGUACAGGCGUAUUUAGCAGUCAGGCCCCAAUGCGAAGCAAUUAUCUCGUUGGUCUCUCUGAUGUUGGAUACGGGACUUCCCUGCUUCAGAGGUCAAACCAUCAAGCUGCUGCGUGGAAGAUUCAGUCCAGGUGUGACUGACAAAGAAGCGGCUGCUUAUAUGUUGCAAAUUAUUAGAAAUAGUUUCUUGAACUUCCGCACUCACGCUUAUGACAUGAUUCAGUAUUAUCAAAACCAAAUUCCAUAUUAAUCAUAUUCGAAUAUUGUGUUGUUGAUUGUUAGUUAUUUUUUUGUUGAAGGUUGAUAUUUUAACCAGGUGAUAUUGUGCAUUUCCGUAACCUUACUAAAUGUCAUAUUUAUGUAUAGAG